AUGUCACCGCAUGCCAUCCCAGCCGAGGCCAACCCCCUUAUAGACCUCAACAAGUUUGCAGUCACUCGGAACGCUUUCUUGCCUGCCGAUAGCCCUUGCGAAGUCCUCUCGGAUGCCUGCUAUCAGCCGUGGGAAAUAAUAGCCCAGCACUUGCCGCAGCACAUUGAGAAAUGGCGUCGGGCAUACGUUAUCCUGGCUUUCAUGACGCAUGCCUACGUCUGGGGCGGUGAUCAGCCCGAGCAAAUCCUCCCCCCACAAAUCACCAUCCCCUUCCUCCAAGUAUCAGAGCACCUCGAGCUCCCGCCCGUUCUCUCCUAUGCUGCUGCCAACUUGUGGAACUUUGCGAGCACCAGCAACGAUUUCACCGACCUUACCAGUCUCCGUACACUCUGCUCGUUCACAGGCACCGAGUCCGAGUCGUGGUUUCUCCUGAUCAGCGUCGCCAUGGAGGCGAGGGGUGCCGAGAUCAUCAACACCAUGACGGAAGCCAUUGGCGCUAUCAGGACCCGCGACUAUGAGACGAUUACAACGGCGCUGGAGCAACUGCGGGAUUGUAUCCGAGGGGUCGGCAUACUGCUGGACAGAAUGUACGAGCGCUGCGAUCCCAUGACUUUCUACCACAAAAUCCGGCCAUUCCUCGCUGGCAGCAAGAACAUGGCUUCUGCCGGAUUGCCAAAAGGUGUCUUCUACGACGAGGGAAAUGGGAAAGGAGAGUGGCGCCAUCUUCGCGGCGGCAGCAACGGGCAAUCAUCCAUGAUUCAGUUCUUUGACGUUGUCCUUGGCGUCGAUCACAAGGGCAAUGGCGACAGCUCAACGGCGCCAGUCGACAAAAGCUUUCACGCCGAGGUUCGAGAGUACAUGCCAGGGCCCCAUGCUCGAUUUCUCGUACACCUCUCUCGUAUGGGAAGCAUCCGCGAGCUGGCGCUGUUACCCCCUUCGACCCCUGAGCAGCAUCGCCUCCGCGCAGCCUAUACUGCAGCAACGGAGGCUCUGACAGAGUUCAGAAACAAGCAUAUCCAGAUUGUGACGAGGUACAUUGUGCUACCGUCGAGACAGUCUACCAGCAAUGGGGCGAGGAAGAACCUUGCAAGCUCGUCGUCGACUCAAAAGACGACGCAAGAAUUAACGGGCACAGCCUGGAACUAUGAGAUUCAGCCUCUAUACUCGAAUUGUGCCCACGCGGUCCCUGGCUCUGCUUCUUGGGCCUCCAGGAAGGAGGCUGAGGUGAAAGUUGUCGAGCGCGUCCACAGUGCCAAGAACAGCGGGGACGACUGCCGGGACGCGGAAGCGAAGGCCCGCGAGGCUUACGAAGAGGGUGAAGGCAAGUUGGUACCACUGCCCCCAUUCUACGACCAGGUCUGCAUGCCGAAGCCCAUCCGCGCAGAACCCAUCCUCGAGAGGUACUUGCGCUUCCCAGUCGAGGAACGCAAAACGUACUACCUGUGCGCCUCAGUGCCGGAGCAUUGCAAGAUCCUGUGGGACUGGUCUUGGCGGAAGGGGCAACUCGAUGUCUGGGUUGAACUACCGGAUACUGCCCACCCACACUUUUCCACGGCGCAGCUCGGCUCAAGGAAACUGUACUGGAAGAUGUGGGAGUGGAUGAGGGAGGAGAGCGAGUGGCAGGCUUGGAAACGCGCAGCAGCCGAUGACGCCAGCGCUGAGCCUGUCAUCAAGCGACGCUCAACGCGCCAGGCAGCAGCAUCAGCGCCGCCAGUGGCUACGACUCAGUACGCAGAGUCCGAUACAAAGAAAUCAAAAUCACCCGUGAAAUCAACGACACAGAAAGCCAAGGGACACAAAGGGACAGCGGCCCCCGACAUUGGCCAUGUCAAGCCCCAGUCCAAGGGGCCUUUGCAAACACAUAGAGCCGCCAGUAAUUCGAGAGAUGUGACGCCCAAUCCAGACCCUGACACCAUCCCCAGGGAGAAUCCGGACGUCGAGCGCCACGAUGGCCAAUGGUACUGGCUGAUGAAGGCCGAGCCCGAGACGCGCAUGGAAAAUGGGCACGACGUGCGGUUCUCUAUCGAUGACCUGAGGGCCUGUGAUAAACCCGAGGGGUGGGAUGGCAUCAGGAAUUAUGCAGCGCGCAACAAUCUGCGAGCCAUGAACGCGGGCGACAUGGCCUUUUUCUACCACUCCAACUGCAAGGUGCCAGGCAUCGUCGGUACAAUGGAGAUUGUGCGGGAGGCGUCCGAAGACACCAGCGCCCGCCGACCAGGCACGCCUUACUACGACCCCAAGUCGACCAAGGAGAACCCGAAAUGGAGUCUCGUACACGUCGAGUUCCGCCGCAAGUUUGCGGUCCCCAUCGCCCUCCCGGAACUACGAGACCUCGGCAAGGACAACGGGCCAUUGGCGAACAUGCAGAUGCUCAAGCUUGCCAGGAUGAGUGUCAGCAAGGUCUCCAAGCAAGAGUGGGAAGCGCUCUGCCCUGCGCACGAAACGAGCGACCGGCUCGACAAUCUGGCCAGUGUGAGGGACGAGCUGCUCCAUCCCGCUCGUGAGACCGUCAUCCUUCUGCUUGGCUUCCUCGGCUGCGUCGCCAGCAGCUGGGUGUUCGACGACCUCCUCUUCGGCAGGGUGUUCCACGACUUCUUCCUCUUCCUCAGCCGGGUGUUGGACGACCUCUUCCUCUUCCUCAGCCGGGUGUUGGGCGGUUUCUUCCUCUUCGGCAGGGUGUUCCACGAUUUGGUCCUCUUCCUCGGCUGGGUGCUGGACGACUUCUUCCUCUUCCUCAGCCGGGUGUUGGACAACCUCUUCCUCUUCCUCUUCCUCGGCCUCGGCCGGGUGCUGGACGACUUCCUCCUCUUCGGCAGGGUGUUCCACGAUUUCGUCCUCUUCCUCGGCUGGGUGCUGGACGACUUCUUCCUCGCCUUCAGCUGGGUGUUGGACGACCUCUUCCUCUUCUUCAGCCGGGUGUUGGACAACCUCUUCCUCUUCCUCGGCUGGGUGUUCGACGACUUCCUCUUCGGCUGGGUGUUGGACGACCUCUUCCUUUUCCUCAGCCGGGUGUUGGACAACCUCUUCCUCUUCCUCUUCCUCGGCUGGGUGUUCGACGACCUCCUCCUCCUCUUCGGCAGGGUGUUCCACGAUUUCUUCCUCUUCCUUCUCGCCUUUGGCUGGGUGCUGAAUGACUUCCUCUUCCUUCCCGACACCAGCUUCGGGCGGGUGGGCGACCUCUUCUUUGUCAUUGCCACCACCAAGGAUAGCAUCAAGCAGACCCUUACCGUUGCCGACAUUCUCCAUGUUCUUCAUGUCUUUCCCACCAGCAGGGAUGUCGACAACCUUCUUCUUACCUCCAGCAGGCUGUGCAGGGGCAGUUCCGUUGCAGCCCGCCGGGGGAGGCUGGAUGCCAUCGAGGACAUUGCCGUCGUCGCCAGGACCAGCGGGGAAGUCAACUUCAUCGCCCGUGUUGGGGUCGAUGAUGAUGGGACCUUGGUCCUCGGCGCCAUCUCCUGCGCCGUCACCUCCAUCUUUGAUGUCCUCUCCUGCUCCAGCGUCGUCGCCUUUCUCCCCCUGGUUUCCUUCCGCGUUGCCAUUUCCAGCUCCAACGCCCUUGUUGUCGCCUCCAGCAGCCCCGUUGCCUGCUCCAAGAAGCCCUCCCAGACCUGCGCCACCAUCAUCUCCUGCUGCUUCUCCUCCCCCGAGCAGACCACCCAAGUCAAGACCGCCUCCGCCAAGCAAGUCGCCCAGGCCACCGCCGUUCCCGCCGGCCGCGCCUCCGCCUCCUAA